UAAACUGGCAACUCUAUUUACUGUACGCUCAGUAAACUGCGACUCCCGUCGUUCUUUGCGUCGGUGUGUCAACAUGGCGCCUGUCUGCCGGACAAAAGGCGAAUCUGUCUGACGGCGGAUUGAAGCCCAAUUAGAAGCAGAGGAGACAUUUUGGGAAAACUGUCAGUGUCUGUGUGUCCCUGCGCCCCGAGGCGUUAGAUAUAUGGUAAAACAAACAUCCGCGGAGGCUCUUGGACUGGAAUAAUAAGGAUGUUCCAGCAGUGUGAGGAGCCUCGCUUCACCAUCGAGCAAAUUGACCUCCUCCAGAGGCUACGGAGGACGGGCAUCACCCAGGCAGAGGUUCUCCAUGCGCUGGACACCCUGGAUCACCUGGAUCGGCAGCAUGGGCACAAGUUGACCCAUAAACCUUCCUAUGUACCACCCUCGUCUUCCAGCACUGUCGCCGCCUCUUCUUCCAUGACUUCUACCGCCACUCAGACAAGUUUUCCCAACAACCGCCUCUCAUUGUCCCCUAAUAACAACUUUGACACCACCUCCCCACCUCUGCCUGUUCCAGUAGCCUCACCUAAUACCAUAACAGCAGUAGUGCCAAACGGUUUGGUUGCUGUUACCAAUGGGAAGCUUUCACCACCCCGGUUUCCUCUUGGUGUGGUUAGCGCUACUGUAACCACACCAGGGUAUGCGUUUGAAGCCAGUGAAGAGGACAUAGAUGUUGAUGAAAAGGUGGAGGACUUGAUGAGGAGGGACAGUGCUGUGAUCAAGGAAGAGAUUAAAUCCUUCCUGGCGAAUCGACGUAUAUCCCAAGCUGUGGUUGCUCAGGUAACAGGGAUCAGUCAGAGCCGGAUCUCCCACUGGCUCCUACAGCAGGGAUCAGACCUCAGCGAGCAGAAGAAGCGAGCUUUCUUCCGCUGGUACCAGCUGGAGAAGACCAAUCCUGGUGCUACUCUGGCAAUGCGAGCCACCCCCUUAGCACUGGAGGAGGUGAUGGACUGGAAUCAAGCUCCUCCUACAUUUGGUUCGGCCCCCGGUGGCUUCCGUCUGCGACGAGGGAGCAGAUUUACCUGGAGGAAGGAGUGUCUGGCUGUCAUGGAGGGCUAUUUCAAUGAUAACCAGUAUCCUGAUGAAGCCAAGAGAGAGGAGAUUGCCACUGCCUGCAAUGCUGUCAUACAGAAACCAGGAAAGAAGCUGUCUGAUUUGGAGAGGGUAACAUCCCUGAAGGUCUACAACUGGUUUGCUAACCGCCGCAAAGACAUCAAGAGGCGUGCUAAUAUUGAAGCAGCCAUCUUGGAGAGUCAUGGCAUCGAGGUUCAGAGUCCAGGAGGUCAGUCAAACAGCGACGACGUGGAUGGCAACGACUUCCCUGACCAGGGCUGUGAGGUGUCCUUAUUUGAUAAGAGAGCUUCAGCAAGGCAGUUCAGUUUCAGUCGAGCUGACCUGUCCUCUCCAACCCAGGUUCCCACACUGCUUCCCAGCUGGUUUUCUGCCCUGGGUAGAGGGGGCGUGUCUGGACAGAGGGCCACAUCUCUGAUUGGUCGCUCCCUAAUAUCAGGCGCGGUUCCUCAGAUGGAAGGUUCCAGACUAACAGGUGUUUCCUGGUCCCCUCCUUCCCCCUCUCUCCAGGACGAGCCCACAGUUCACAGUGCCCUGUCCGAGCCCCAGGAUCCAGUCAGUUUGGAGAAGGCGGCGGCGGUGAGUGACAGCAGCCCGGCGGUAACCAAUCAGGGGGAUGGCGCAGGGUGCAGCAUGGGGAAUGACAUCAAGACGGAGACUCUGGAGGACGACUGAAAGGAGGGGCAGAUAUCAGAGCUGUCGGAGCGAUAAACAGGUGUCAUUAUAUGCAAGCAGAUUUUAUAGGAAUGUAAUAAUAAGUGGAAAAAAAUGACCAAAAGUCGUGUAAAGUCCAACCCUGAGAUACCUCCCAACCCUACCUCCAACCACCAACCUGCUCUGCUACGCUCGUAUAGGCAUUAUUAGUGUAUUAUAAUUAUAAUAUUAACAAUAAGCUUUUAUUUGUUAGUGUUCCCCAGCAACCUGUGGAAAAUUUAAAGUGUACCUAAAAACAAAUCCAGCAAAGAAAGUGAAAUAGGACGCACCUAUAAGGGAACACAUGCUGUAGCAGUCCGUUUUCUUUGUUGACUUGUUUAUGUUGAGGCAUUUUAAAUCUUCCAUAGAAGGCUGAUAAACAGGACUUUCAUGCAUUGUGCAGAUUUUCUUGGAAAACUGCUUUUUUCACAGCAGGACAACACUGUAUUUGACAUGGAAUUCCAAACGUUUCAGGGUCUUGCACUGUGAUCACAACACAACUGAACAGCCUCAAAAGAUAAAUGCGUUCAUUUUAGUUUAUAUUACUGAUAGUUAUAAAGUGUUGCAGCACAUUUCAUCACAGUUCUUUAUAUUUUAAAUUUUAUAUUUAAUCUUAGGGUCACAGCAUAUAAGUAAUCUCUCUCUGGGCCCAAAAUGACUGAAAAAUGUUUAAGAAAAAAAGAGAGAAAAACAGUAUGAGCUUCCCCUGCCUGAUAAGAUAAACUCAAUGUGUAGAAGCAGCGAAAGGCCAUAAUGAUUGAAAACCCGAUAAUGCAAUUUUUGUCAUUACUAAAUCUUUCAGAAUUUAUUGUUUUUACAGAUUUUACUUGUAUUUGUGUGGUUAAUUAUAUGCAGUAAGUUUAUAUUGAAAAUUCAGCCGCCUGAGGUUUUCAGGCACUAAUUUGGACUUAAAUGUGAUUUAUUUCUAUUUACAAUAGUGAAAUUACCCUUUAUAAAUAUUUAAAUACUGUGAAUUUAGUAGCAUUUAAAGUAAUUAGGGCCUCAGUUUCCAGUGAGAAUUUAAAUCCUGUGUGGCUUUACUUUGCUUCCAAAUCGAUAACAAGUUUUUUUUUUAUUUAGUUUUUUUGUUUUGUUUUUUGAGAGAGUUGUAUAAAAACUAGAAACCUGGGCGUCCUUGUGACCGGGUGAUGUUUAUUCAUUCGUACCCAGUUACCUGCUGGAUUAUAUAAUUAAUAAUCAACACAUAUCAUUCAGCUGAGAGGAAGUCAGUAGUGUCAUAAAGCUGUUUAAAUACUAAAGAUUAAAAUGUAAAGUGAAUAAAUACAGAUGGGUGAUAAAUUAAAGGAAACUGAACCAGUGACCCCUACAGUGUUAGGAUCCAGUUUGGGCCUAUUUGUCCCUGUAGCGGGAAAGGUCACAAUAACUCUACUUUCCUAAUAAGGGUGUUCUCUUCCAGGCUGGCAGUGCAUUGUAUCUUUAGGCAUGCACUGUGCAUAUAGCUUUCAGACGUGCUUUAAGUUUUUCUAAACAUGAUCUUAAAAUACGGUUUAGAUGAAGCAGAUUCUAUCUUUUUAUUUUUAUUUUUUUUUUAAAUGGUUAUUUUUUGAGGUGCAAACGCAAGUAUGUUUGGUGUUAAUGUCACUGGCUGGAGGCCAUUGAGUGGUAAACAUUUGGUGCUUGGAAAGCAGCUGUGGCUGAGAGAGCCAGUCAUUUACCGAUUGGAAGAUAAGUGGUUCAGUUUGCAUGUUCAGUUGUCCUUGGGCAAGAUGCUGAACCCCUUAUUAACAGAUUUGAGAUGUUCAAUACGGGUGCUGAUAUGAUAUUUAGUAAUGCAAAAAACCUGAUAUUCCGACUAUAUUGGCCCAUAUGUUUUUUCUUUCUCUAACAUUUGUUGUGUAGCUAUUUAUUUAUGCUCUGCACUUCUCAGCUCGGAUCAGCUGGUUUUUGUGUUUGCGGUGUUCCAAACAUACGUAUUUGAAACGUAUUUGCUGUUGUAAGUCCUGAUGCGAUAGAUCGGUAAGUGGCUAAUAUCAUUGCCCCCGAUGUAUCUAUCAGAGUGCGAGUGUUUGCACCAUAUUCUUAAAGGCCUAGAGUGUGGAAGCACUAUAUGAAUACAGGUCUAUUUAACGUUCACCAGUUUGGCAGUGUUGGGUUGUGCUUAUUUUGUGUUAGCCGAUGAACAGAAAAAAAAAUGAGCCAAGAAAACAACUUUUCCUUUUUUAGGCUUUUGAAAACAGAAAGCAGACUCUUGUAAGCUGUGAAGUCAUCAGACUGUCACCAGAAUUACCCUCAUUUAGCACCUAUGGGAGAUUGUGGGCUAGUUAGAGAGCGCUCUGAAAACACCAAAUGAGAGAAUAUGUUUUGGAGGAAUGCUGUUUAUCCCUCUAGUAGAGUUUUAGAAAUUUGGAGAAUCACUGAAUUUCCAGCACAUGAAGGGUCAACACCUUGACAUGACAUUGGGUUUUUCCUUUAAUUUGUUACCCAUCUUUCUAUGUGUGUGUGCGUAGACACACAGACUAUACUUAUAUAUAGUAUAUGUACCCAAAUCCAUUUCUUUAUACACUAUAUAGACAUAUUAGCUUCAAAUGAGAGAAACUAUCAGUAUGAGUCUUAUCAUGUUGGUGAAAGGCGAGUGAAACAUUAGCCAAAGUAUUAAGUUUUAAAAUUUUGUGUAUUUUCUGAGUCUAUGAUAAUCAUGGAUGAAACUGUGUGUUUGAGAUAUGCUAAUCAAAGACACAUCAGAUGUGUCAAAAACUAUUUCAAGCAAAAUGCAUCGUUUUUAUAUUCUUUUUCAGGUAUAUCUGUGUUUGUGCUCGAUAUGCCAUGUGUUCAAAACACACACUGUCACUUUUAAGAUGUAUUUUCAUUUUGAAUGACACUUAAUUUGUUUAUGGUGCUUUGAGUCCUUGUUGAAAUAUUUCACUAGUCACUAAGACUGACUGACAGGCCAGAGGAGGUUAAUUCUUUUGAAAUGACCAUAAGAAGAAAUCUCCUUUAAUAAUAAUUUAAAAAAAAACAACUAAAUAUUUGAUUGAGGUAAAAUUGAGGAUAUUUAAGGUUAGUACAGCCAUUGUAGAAGUCUAAGAGAUUUUUAACUGUUUAACAUUUUCAACAUGAAAUUUACUAAACCUUUCAAUUUUAAAUGUAUUUUUAAAAACUGAAGGCAUGGAAGCGUCUAAUCUGCCAUAAUUUAACUGUCUAAGUCAGAUACACUCCUCGGUCUUCACAUCUGGGUUCAAAACACCCAAGACAAUAAUGGCGAAGAAGUCCAAAUGUGGGUGACGUCACAGCGAUGCCGUCCGUCUUUACUAAACUGCUCGUGGUUUAUAUUGUCAAAGCUCCAGAACCCCAAAAUAAUUUCCAGAUCAGUUCUGUAGUGAAUACAAAAUCAUCCACUGGUCAAAAGUGAGUAAGGGCUCUGGGGCUUUUGGUUUAAACGCCAGCCUAGUCAUGCACUCCCAAAAUGAUCUGCACACUAAGCACCGUGCUCGGAGCGUUUCAACCACACUAACUGAAAUGUCAUAGUGAUCCAAGCUUUGUACGUACAUCCUGUUCCACCAGAGUCGAGGAGGAGAUAUGGCUGCUUAAUGUUCCGCUGAGGAACAUUAAGAUAAUUGAAAGAUAUACGGUCACAAGUAUGUCUGCCUUUUAGUGUCGGGGUGGAAGGAUCCAGGAUUUUAACUGAAGAUUUUGACAAAAUUUUGGCCGAAAAUAAGCCCAAGUUUGUGGGCGAGAAAAGCAAAACAACGAGUUAAAAUACGCUAAAAAAAGGAUGACUGCAGUCUCCAGUAUGAGCAACACACACAUAGACAGACACUUACCCACCUUUAAAACAAAAUAAAAAAAGUGAGUGCAGCUCAGUAGGGGAUCACUGCUGACACUAUCAUUCAACACUAUCAGUCCAGCUCUUACGUUUGCUUACCUUUUACAGCUGACACUAAAACCUUCUCAAAGGCUAAAACAUUAAUAAUACUACAGUGCAGUGUAACACUUGAUAGAAACCUAAAUGCUUAUGAAGGUGCAGCACACCUCAGCUUCAUGUUGAAGUGCCUCAUUUUUCUCAGCGCAUUAACAGAGGAUCAGUGCACGAAGACGACUUCUACAAUGGCUGUACAUUUUUAACCGUACUACAGCUAAUGCAGGCGAGCUAAUAACAUGAUGUUCUGUUACACUAAAGCGGCUUCAUUAAACCGGUUCAUCGUCACCAGGUGCUUUACAGGCUAAGCUACUAGUUCAGAGUUUAAAAACUCAACAUAUAUACCUCGCUCCCUCCCAUUCAGCUAUAAGCUACUCCCCGCAGGUUUGUCCACAGCUGCUUCAAUGUGAAUCAAAGCUUCAAACUAACUGUCGAGCUGAUUUGUGUCAGUCCCGUCUGGAUCAAACUGUGACAAGGCCGUAAAGAUGAUUCACGCUGGCUGACAACAGAAGUGUCAGCGGCUUUUCAAAAGGGAAAUUUCUCCUCAAACUAGAGCCAGUAAAUAUCGCAUUUAAAGGGAAUUUACUCAUUUAUGAGCUCCAACGUCCACCAGGGUCCAUAAAAUACGAAAUAGUCUCUUUGUCAUUCUGGUGGAUUUCAGUGUUUCGGGCUAAAUGUCUGAGAAACUUUGUGGCGUGGUGGAGGAUUUCUUUAAUUGUGCGGCAGCAGAGCUGUCCUGGGUGUCUUUGCUUUAAGCAUUUGAGACAUUAUUAGUCAGUUAUGUAGCUUUCUGUCAUUUAAUGAUUUACACCAAAAUUUACAAACCCAUCAAAGGGUUACAGAUCGUUUAUUUCGUUUUUUUCUUUUUAAUCUGCUAAGCAGAAGCCUUUCUGAAAUGAAUCUAUGGAUUCAUUUAGGCCAUUGUGCUAUUUUGAGAUUAUUCUUUUUUGCCUUCAUGGUCUUCUCAUGACAUUGCAUUUUGGAGGUCUGAAGCAGCGAGUUAGUGUGAGUUUGUGUCAUUUUAGCUAUUUUGUACAUAAAAAAAAAAGGGAAAAAAACUGCAAAUGAAAAAUAAAGGCAAGGCCACCAUCCUAGUUUGAUUAGCCAUCGCGGUUUAAUAAAACGAUUGGAUAGAUAAAUCUGAGGUGCAUCUAACAGUGUCAAUAAUUUGUUAAGCACCACCAGGAGACCUUACAAAAUUGAGAGUAAACACUGAUUUAAACAUUAAGAAAUAAGCUAAACUUCCUUACAUAAAGAACCCAUAUUUGCUUCUAAUAACAAAAACCUCACAGUCUUUUCUGGUGUUUGCCGUGCUUUUGUUUGUGUCUGUUUUGAUUUAAAUGAACUCUCUUUGUGCCAGAAACUGCCUAAUACACCUAAAGUUCUCAUGAAAUAAAAAACAGUAGGACAGAAACAGAAAAGCCUUGGCUCGUGCUGCUCUGUCAGGCCAUUCAUGCUGCGUCUUUCCAUCUGCCUUCAGUCCUCUGUUGCCUUGUUGAACUGUUUUUGUUUGUUUGUUUUUUGGAACAUCUACCUGUGCAUAUGUUUGGCACUGACUACACCGUGACUCGUUUUUACCUGUGCCAUAUCCCACCGUCACUUUGGCCGGUGGUCCACACAGUACAACAAAUACUUUCAACAGGAAAGUUUGGAUGUGAGAUUCUUCCUUUAAUAAAAUCAGGGUGCACGUUAAGGUUGUGAGUUGAUUUGAGACUGAUGCCUCUCAUGUGAGGUGCUUUCAUUCCUCCUUCAUUGCUCAGUGUUGUGAUAUGCAGUUUCACGUUUAAAGAGUUAAAAAAAAAAAAAAGCUGUUUUUUUUUAUUAAGGUUAAAAACACAUCUAUCAUUUAUGUGGUCGACGUGAAAUGGAGACGCUCCAGUGUUGAUGUUCUCAUGUAAUCAGCCAGGAGGAAAACAAGCAGUGGUUGCCAUUUCACUGUGGCAAUAAGCUCUUCAAUAAAUCUCUGUAAAAUGAAAAAUAUCAAACCUCAGCAGGAUCUUUGUUGUAUCAGUUUAAAUUGAUUUUUCUUUGUUUAUUUGCUUCUUUUCUAUUUCAGGAUUUAGUGCCUUUUUUGGACAGUAGACUGUUCUGUAAUCGCUAUGUGGAAACUCUACAUAGGCCUUUUGUUACUUUUUCAUCUGUUGGAUAAACCUUAUGUUAUAUUUAAGGUGUGUUUUUAUUGAUAUUCUAUUUACAAGGGAAUAAAAACUGAUCAGACUCCA